AUGGCACAGAGGAACAGUUCUGAGGUGUCUGAAUUCCUUCUUCUAGGACUCUCCCAAGUUAAAGAAGUUCAGCUUACCCUAUUCCUCAUCUUUGUACUCUUCUACUCAGUGAUCCUUCCUGGGAACAUCCUGAUUAUUCUGACUAUUUGGAUGGACCGCCAGCUGGGUUCCCCAAUGUACAUUUUCCUAGCCAGUCUGGCCUUCCUUGACAUCUGCUACAGUUCUGUCACACCACCCAAGAUGCUGGCGGACUUCCUCCGCCAGUACAAAACCAUCUCUUAUGGCGGAUGCAUGUGCCAGCUCUUUUUCUUGCAUUUCUUGGGAGCAGCUGAGAUGUUCAUACUGAUAGCCAUGGCCUAUGACAGGUAUGUGGCCAUAUGUCGACCCUUGCAGUACAUGUACCUUGUAAACAGAGGCAUGUGCUGCAUCUUGAUGGCCGCAUCAUGGGCUGGAGGAUUUGUCCAUGCUAUUAUCCUUAUUAUUCCGACCCACCAGCUCUCCUUCUGUGGACCCAAUAUCUUGGACAACUUCUUCUGUGAUGUCCAUCAAGUCAUCAGGUUGGCCUGUACUGAUACACACAGGGUGGAGGUCCUGACUUUCAUCAACAAUGGGCUGUUUAUAUUAACAGGCUUUAUACUUUUGCUCCUUUCGUAUGCUAUCCUUUUGACCAAGUUAAGAACUAGUUUAACACAUGGGAAGAGUAAAGCCUCCUACACCUGUGUCACACACAUCAUUGUUGUCUUUGUGAUAUUUACCCCAGCCAUCUACCUCUACACACGGCCUCCAGAGCCUUUACCCAUGGACAAAGUGGUUGCUGUCUUCCAUACUGUGAUCUUCCCUUUAUUAAACCCAAUUAUCUACACAUUGAGGAAUAAAGAAAUUAAGAGUUCCAUGAAGAGGUUAAUCAAAAGAUACAAUAUCUGGACUACUGAGUAA